ACACAAGUUUUCACCUUUUGUUUGAGUUUGAAUUUGAAUUUCUGUUUCUAUUUCAAUUUGAGUUUGUGUUUUAAUAUCCCCAUUUGUGCUCUUUGCUCCUCAUUAUUUGUUGUGCAAAUUGCUCGAAAACAACAUCCACAAAUAUUUGCAUAUCCAUGUUGCAAGACAAAUACACACAGAUACAGAUACAGAUACACACGCACACACCUACCUCUAGAUAAACAGAAACAGAAACAGGACUCUUGCCCCCAAGAAAAAAACACCUACAUAUAAAAUAGACUUGUAAACUGUUCAAAAACACACACAAUCACAGCCCCACACGAAAACGCAAACGAAACAGAAAUCUAAAUGUAAAUUUAAAUUCAUUUUAGUGACACUUUUCCCCUAAACGAAAGGAUAUACAUUGCACACACACAUACACACACAAAUACUCCAAAGAGCAAUUAUACAACAUUUAAGUUCUGUUUCUGUUUAAACAUAAUCUAAAUAAAUAAACAUCCAAUCAUUCCACUCAUUUUUAUAAUACUCCUACCUACAUACUCGUAUCUGUGGUGUAAAACUCUAUUUAUGAUUAUCGUUUGCCUAUAGAGUAUUAUAGAGUAUUUUUCUUAAUGAAUUUUCAUUUGGAAUGAAAAAUAUACUCGUCGUACACUCUUCUUUCGUUGUUUAGCUGCUUGUUCGUGUAGAAAAUUGUGAUCUUUAUAUUUAUAAUCUUGUAUUUAUUAUAAUCUCUCUACUCUACAAUUGAGAAAUCGAUGUGAUACUCGCGUAUUAUCUGGUAGUUAAAUUAACUCUCAAAUUGUUUAUUUAUGAAUUCUGUCACUGAAAAUCGAAUCAAACUUUGAACCAUUGGAAACCAAAUCAAUCAAUCAAUCAAUUUAUCAAUCAUCAAUCUACUACUGGGACCAAAAACACACUUGCCACACAACCAAAUGUAAUGUAUGCUACCAACCGCAACAACAACAACAACAACAACAACAACAAACAACAAACAACAACAACAACAACAAAUCUGGCGACUAUGAAUCUGAUCUGAAUCUUGCAUGAAAUACCAAAACAUAAAACGAAACGAAAUCUUCUAUAACUACUCGUAUUAUAUGUAAUAAUCAAAGUCUUUGGUACGACCUCGUUCUCAUUGACGGUUGAAGGCAUGGGUCCCUAUCCCUUAAGCGACAGCACCAAUCUCCUGGGUCCCACAUCGACUCCCCACAGCUACGGGGCGGCCUCGAGCGGAGGAGGAGUAGGAGUAGGAGUGGGAGGAGGCCUCGGCGGUGCUGGCGGAGGAGGCUCCUCCACGUGCUACACGAACUAUGGCACGAAUAUACAAACGCCAGUGGCAGCAAGAAAGUGCUACCACAACGAGUCCGACUACGUGGGCGACGACAGUUUCCGCCGGCACUCGGCGCACGGAAGAAUGUCAUGUAGGUUGCAAAAGGCACACAAAGCUACCAAAGAGCACCCAACUACUCGUAAAACACCCAAUCACGAAAGCAUUUACAUGAAAAUGCCCAGCGCGUGCUGCUUGGAAGACCCGCCGCGGCGGCGCCAGUCAAUGCACUCAAUGCACCCAAAAGUCGAAUCUAGAACUAUAACUAACUAUACAAAAUAUAUCUAGAGCUACUUAAUGCUGAAGCUAAGGCUACAACGAGCUAUACUCGUAGACAGUUUCGAAUCUGCUUAAACAUCUUGUUUUCAUUUCGUUCUUUUUAUAGUACGCAAGUGAAGAGAAUAUCUACUCGUAGACUUGGGAUCAAGCGAACCAACCGAUUGGCUAAGUAAAAACUCCAGGGCCCCAGGGCCCCAGAGCCCCAGAGCCCCCCACGCACAACUCUUUCCAAAAAUCUACACUCACCCAAAACAAAACUCGUACACCACUCGCCACUCACCCACAAAACCAACAAACUCUCGCGUACACCACUCGCCUCACAGAUUCACAGAUCAAAAAAAAAAAGGAUUAGUGCCAAUAAUGCGUAAAAAAUAUCA